UGUGUUGAGACAGUAAAUAGAACAUAUAUGUUCAGAUAGAUCUAGUAGGCUCUUGUGUAAAGUUGUUUUCUAAUUAUGUUUGGAGAAUUAUUUUGUAACUGAAAAUUAAUUCAAGUAUUAAAUCGGUCACAGUAAAAAGUGAGAAAUAACAUUAUCUUUAUUGGGAAGUUAAUUAAUUACAAUAAUUACUGAUUUCGUCUCAAUGACCUAAACAUGUCAGCCGCUGAACAAACCAGCAUGACGUCAACGGAAGUCAUGGCCGCGCGCAUUCUUGUGGAGAACGCCUCAAAGAGUGUAGCAGAAAACACGUCACCAAAUGACGUCAGGUUCAGCAAGGGAGGCGACUCUAUGAUCGAACGACGACUGUACGUGGUUAGCCGUACCGGGUCGGGUGAAGUGAGUUACCUCCUCCUCACGGAAAAUUUUUCCGCCAUCGUGUCGUACCGCGUGCACAUCGAGAAGUGGCAGCAGACGUACGGGGUGGCGGAUUUCGGAGUGGUCACCCUUGGGAAGUCCAUCUACAUCCUGGGCGGCUUCGACAAAGUUCAAGGUCGUUGUUUGACCAGAGUCGUCAGAUACAACCCGUGUACUGACGAAUGGUUCGAAUGUCGAAGCAUGUCUAUGGCCAGAUGUAAAUUUGGGGUCUGUGUUGUUAAAGGGAGAAUAUUUGUCUGUGGUGGAGAGACCGACGAUGGUAAAGUCACCGGAAGUUGUGAGAUCUAUGACCCGGAAACUAACCUCUGGUCCAAAUGCGGAUCUCUCGUGUCGCCUCGGUCUGGCUGCGCAUGCGCAAACAACGGCAAAGAGUUAAUUUGUGUAGGAGGAUACAACGGAGGGAAGGCUCAUAACAACCUCUGGCUGUAUGACAAACACAAAUGGCAGGAAAUCGGCAAAAAUAACCCACACGGUCUUCCAUACAAUCUUCACAGAUGUGCGCUGACAAGGGCGAAAAACACUUUGUAUUUUAUAGGAGGGGUAUCGUCCAAAGACCACCACCCCACCAAGCGAAGACCGUCCUCUCCCCUAACCGUGACACAGUCUGAGAAAAGAAUGUUCUCCUAUACAACUGCUCCAGCAGGCGCUACGGUCAAAGGGCGGCAACCCAGUGUAUCCACGUUAAAUACACAGUUACCACCCAUGAGACACGCAAGACAAAAUGCAGGGGCGGUUACUGUGGGUGACAAGAUCCACGUGAUCGGGGGGUCAAAUGUCGAGACAGGUGACCCGGUUCUAAUGACAGAACACUUUGACCUGGUCAAGGGCAUAUGGCAGGAUGAUUUCCUCUUCAAGAAAUGUGACGUGUCCAACGUGAGCUGUGUGCUGGUGGACGUGCCUAAAGUCCCCAUGGAGGAGCGGAGGGUUGUCCAGAAGCUUCGAUGGGUCAUGUGCAACAAAGAACCUUCGAUAUACACAAUCCCCCUCACUACCAACCGCAACUUCUCAAUAUACACUGACAACCCAUCAUCCAUCCCUCACUACAUCCAAAUAAACUACAAAAACAAGACACUCAACAUUCUAAUAGCCAUCAAAGACAGAAAACAAGCCUGCCAAACAUGCUUGUCAACUGAACACUGGACCAACCGCUGUCAAAUUCUCAACUUACAAACAACGCCCAGUAAUCAAACACCAGCACAUUCUACACUACAAAAAACAACGCCAUCCGCUCAGCCAGCACCACCACCAAGCGACCAACAAGCAUCGGUCAAAAACCCGAUCAUCCCAGCCAAACCGCCAAGUAUACCAUCAACACCUAGCAAACAAACAGGCGCAGCAAGGUCGGAACCAGACAAACCAUCUGCAUCAACAGCCCAAAAAACGAACACUCUGCCCUCGUUCUCAGAUAUGGACAUUACUACAACUUUCAAAAGGAAGAAGGAAGAUAGCCCCACAGAGGAAAAGAAAAAAAAAACAAAAAGUGAAAAAUUAAUUCAUGACUUCAAUCACUGCAGGUUCUGCUUAGAACAAUGUAAAUCACCUUGGGGAAGGGAAAAACACGAACGAAGUAUCCACUGCAGAUACUUACAGUGUGAUCUUUGUGCAGACAAAGGGUACUACCCAGACAUACGCACACACUUUGCAGAAAACCAUCAAGAAGAAACGAUGUAUGACUGUAGAGAUUGUAACUUAUCCCUCCCACUAGAGAGCAUGAGGGCACAUACAAGUGUACACCAUAAGAAAAAAUAG